AUGGCCUCAGAGGAACAGCCCGUGUCUGAUUUCAGGCUGGUUCUGGUUGGGAAGACUGGAGCAGGAAAGAGUUCCAGUGGAAACACCAUACUGGGAAGAGAGGCCUUCAGAGCUGCUUCCAGUCACUCCUCAGUGACUGCUGAAUGCUCCAAGCAGCAGGAAAGGGUGUUUAAGAAGAUGGUCUCUGUGGUUGACACUCCCGGCCUCUUUGACACCUUCCUGCCUGAAGACGCCGUGAAGAGGGAGAUCUCCAAAUGCAUCAACAUGUCGGCCCCGGGGCCCCACGCCAUCCUGCUGGUCAUCAAUGUGGGACCCUUCUCAGCAGAGGAACGAGACGCUGUGAAGAAGGUGGAGGAGAUCUUUGGAGAGGGUGCCUGGAAGUACACCAUCAUCCUCUUCACUCACGGAGACAAAGUCGGAGCAGACUUUGACGAGUUCAUAACGAAGGAGGCAGGACCUGAGCUGCAGGAGGUCCUGCAGAAGGCUGGAAACAGAUACCACAUCUUCAACAAUCUCAAAGCCAACGACCGCCGCCAAGUCCUGAAUCUGCUGAAGAAGGUGGAUAAGAUGGUGGCUGACAACGGAGGAGAGUUUUACUCCAACUACACCUACAUGCAGGUGGAGGAGAUGCUGAAACAGAGAGAGUCAGAGCUCAGAGAGUUCUUCAAGAAGAAGAUGGAGGAGGAAAUUAAAGCUGUUGAGUCAGAGUACAAGAAGAAACUGAUGGAGGCUCAGGAAGAGAAAGAGCAGGAAGUGGAGGAGUUGAGGCGGUAUUAUCAAGCUUUAGAGAGCGGAGUCCGUCAGGUCGUGGAGCAGGUGGCCAGUGUAGACUGUUUUGAUGAAAUCCUCACCAAGUUUCACGAGACCCUGAAGAUAAACUGA